AUGGGGGCCUCUGCUUCUUCUGCUACGAGGACAGAUGGAAGGCCAUCGACUCGACCCGAGGAAGAAUGGAUGCUGGAGAAUGUUCUCUUCUUUGAUCCGCAGCAGCAGGCUGCUGCAAGAGGAGCUCUAGCCACCCACUCUGGACCCACGGUGAAGCGCUUCACGCCUUCUCGCGCCAAACUUCGCAACAGAAACUUUAGAGUGUUUUUCAACAUAGAAAGACGGCGUCAGGAAUUUCUUUUGAAGCUGGUCAAUGACCCAACGUGCCGAAUUCUUUUAUGUGAUAGAGCAGGCAGAGAACUUAAGGAAAUUCUCACUUCCCGAAUCAAAUACAUGCAACGACAAGACGUGACUGCUGAAGUCUAUGUUCGAACUGAGACGGGGGAUGUGGCAUCUUUGGCAUUCGAGUUCGAGAACAUUAGAGAAUGCGAACUAUUUGAAGAAUUUGUGAAGGCAUUGUUUGGAAUUCAGGUUCAUUUCUUUGGAGCCAAGAAGAUCCUUAAUGCCAAACCUUUGGCCUUUAGGGAGCGGUCAGAUUCAAGUGACAUAUCGGACGCAGGAAGCGAAUCGGAAAAUGAACAGAGUCGACACUUGGCGGCAAGGGCCAAUCAGAGGGCCCAGGCUCUUCAGGCGAGGACUGGCUGCCCGCUCCACGGUAAUCAAGCUUGCCUCUGUGCAGUGGAGAGACCUGCACUAGACUUCUUGAAGAACUCGAAAUACGACAGCGACUCAGAGGCAGGGUUGGAGGAAGAAAAAGAGAUGAACGCUCGUCACGCCGCCAGAUUCCCUGUGGCCAUCGAUGGAGCCUGUGAAGUUGGCAGAGAUGUACGCCUUAAGGACUUGGCGGCACGAGCCAAUGGAAGGAUGGCCGCACGAGUUGUUGAGUGGUUUGUUGCCACAAAGCAAGGGAAGGACCCUACAUUUCCCACGGUAUCCGAAUCCGUUGGACAGGCAUUUAGGCUGGAGCAUCGACAUGUGGGGAGAUACAUUCAGGUGCGGGCCUCUCGCCGCUUGGAGGUGACCGAUAGAAGUCCUUUUGUCUAUUCCCUGGCAAUCAAAGGGCCCGUAACGGUUGAUGAUCAGACAGCCAGGGCUAUGCUUGUUAUGUUAGGGAAGGUAAGACUCCAGACGGUAGUGAUGCCAGUUAAAACAUUCUGUGCUGCUCUUCAGGAAAGCGCAAUUGGAUUUCUCUAG